UCAAAGCAGAGUGUUUGACUGCGACUCUACGUCUGCUAUGAUAAGGAGCUUCACAAAUUCUAAAAGCAAUCGCAUUGAAUCAGAUACCAUCAUUUCUCUCAAGACUUUUUACGGUAUAUUGACAAAUUUCUGAUUUGAACAAGCUCUUCACUUCUCUCGACACAGUAACCUCCUGCGAUGGCCACUGAACGUCUAUUUUGGGCAGCGACUUCACGAAUCAUAAAACCUUUCACUUUUAAUAAAGUUUUAUUUUGUCCUGGCUUUCUAAGUUAUCGUGGCCAACUUCAAACACGGAAGGCAAACUCUUCUCUCCAGUCAAAUGAGCAACCUGUUGUGGCUUUUCAUGGCAAACAUCCUCAAUCUUGCCAAAAACCAGACAUCGACGGUCGUAUUCCUUCAGACGAUGAAAAAAGAAUUGUGAUAUUCAAAAAAUAUAUUCAACGAAAAACAGCAUUAACAUAUUGUCUUUUGAUGGUGGGGGAAGUCGAGGUGUAAUGGAAUUGGAACUUUUGAACGACGUUUUACGAUUGGCGACGAUUGUGUUGAGAAAUCCUGAAACAUUAGACUACCUUGUAUAUGAAGAAAGUAAUGAAUGGAAAAUGCAUUUCUUGGAAGAUCGCGACGUCCGAGAAAGUUUGAUCAAUGAUCUAAAAGAAGUUGAGAAUCCCAUUCAUCCCACCGAUAUUUUCGACAUGAUAGUUGGAACCAGUACAGGAGGUCUGAUUGCGUUUGGUUUGGUUGGUGGAAAUAAAGUUGGAGAUAACCAUCAUGAAAGGAAACGGAUGAGUGUGGAAGAAUGCAUUGAGAUGUAUCGCUGCAAUACUGAGAUCAUUUUCAAAAAAACUUGGAUGCAAAAGUUUAUUUCUUUUAUCCCAAACUGUUUCCCCGUUCCUUAUAUGACAUAUCCACAAGCCAACAUGGAGAAAGCCAUAAAGAAUCAGUUUGGUGAGUGUGACUUAAGUGACUUAGAAAACCGUAUUGAUUCAUAUGGUGUUGUUGGGGCUGUCGCCAAAAAAAUUCAUCCAGACAAAUAUCUUGUACUCUUUGACACUGCAAAUAAAGACCAAAAAAAUUACAAGGCUUACGAAGUCUUGCUUGCAUCCUCCAAUGCUCCAUUUUACUUUGACACUCCAGUCGUAAUUGGCAAUACUAAAUAUGUCGAUGGUGGUUUAGGAGGAAAUUGUCCGUUAAAACAAGCAAUUCCACGAGCACGGGAAAUUUUUAAAAACGCAGAAAUAGUUUCAGUUUUGUCAAUUGCACCUCCAUUACCUCCCAAAUUAGAAAAUCCUUCUAAUCGUAUAAGUUGGAUCAAUUAUGCACGUCACGAAUUAACUGAUGGCCAUAAGGUGUUUGAAGAAGUUGUCAAAAGCCAUAAAUUGGAUAAAACUUUGUUUCAAAGGUUGUUCCCACGUAGUAAUUCCUUAAAAACAUUCAAAUUGGAUGAGAUCGAUAUAAAAAAGAUGUUAGAUGCCAUGGAAGAAGAAAAAGUUCGGGAUGAUAUGUUUCUUGUCGACAUUGUUGCCAGUGCAAUGGCUGUUGUCCUGGCUUCUAGUGAUAAAGUAGAAAGUCAUAAUGAUUCGUUGAGUGUUGCAGUAAGGCUUGCUAAGGCAGCAGGACAUGCGUACGAAAGCAAGGAAGAAUAUAAGUCAGCAAUUGUCUCUCACCGAACUCGCGAACGUCUUUAUACGUCUAGCAAACGUACUCAAACGUCUUCAAAAGUCAGCGAUGGUCUUACUACUGUUAUGAUAUCUUAUGACAUUGCAAAAUGUUACAAAGAGCAAGGAGACUAUUCUAAAGCUUUUGAAUUAUUCGAAUCAAAUGUUGAUACACUUGCUAACCUGAAGUUUGAUGAUCAAAAGUAUGAUGAUCUAAUUGUUGAUAACUUGAUCGAAAAAGUGCACUGUUAUCUCCAAACCUUUCAAUAUCAAGAUGCAGAAAACUGUUUGAAUAAAAUCAGCCAUUAUGAGAUCAGAGAUGAAAAACGUGUCCAAGUAUUAAUCUAUGAAGCAUGGUGCAAGCGUCAACGUGGAAAACUUGAGGAAACUUUCAACCUUUACAGAGAUGCAGCCAAAAUUACGUUAGACAGCAAAAACUUUGACAAGGCAAAAAUACUCAAUAACAUGGGCUUACUUUUUACAGAUCUUGGAAUGAAAGAUAAGGCCUUUGAUUUCAUUUGCCAAGCCCAAAAUAUUAGAAACAUAAUAAUUGCACAGAAAAACCAUCACUUGCUGGCUGAGUCUCAUAAAAAUGUUGGGUUAUGCCUAGUAGAGAAAGGUGAUGGUAAAAAGGCCGAAAAAGAGCUACAGAAAGCUAUUCAAAUUUACGUGGAAAUUGGUGAUGAAAUUAAAAUUUCUAACGUACUUCAAAUUUUAGCCAGAUGCAUGUUGUUGCAAGAUCAUUUAAACUACAAUCUUGCCAUGAAUUAUGCACAAGAAGCUAUUGAGAGAAUGAGACCACAAGUGCCCACGGAUUAUAAUCCGGGAAGUGCGAAAAUUCUGUCAAUUUUCGGUAGGUGUUUUUUCGAAACUGGAAGAUUAGAAAACGCCGAGGAAAAUCUUGUAACAGCUUCAAGUUUGAUUGAAGAUUUGCUUUGCAAAAAUCAUCCACAACUCAUUGAAAUCUACAAACUUCUUUACCAACUUUAUGAUAAGGAUGGCCAACCCAAGCUGGCUGAAAAGUACAAAGAGAAAAAACGGCGCAUUAGCGAUGAAAUAGAAAAAAUAGCUUCGAAAGUAAAAGACUCAGACGAAAUUCUGAAAUGGAAAGAACAGUAA